UCGUUCCCUAUAAAUGCAAAAAAAACUAUCCAGUAAAUUUUAAUAAAUUUGAUAUUUUAAAUCGUUGUUCUUCAGAUGUAAACAUGCAUACAUAAUGUAAAAUAAAAGUGGGUUGCUCCACAGUGACGUCACAUGUCGACAAUUGAACGUUCGGGCCACCUUCUGUUAUCAUCGAAAGGAGGAAGUGUAUUUUUAAAUUCUUCUACAGACUGGAAAAAACCUGCGGGAAAUUCCAAUGGAUUCGGUAAAAGAUAUAGAAAUCCAGUGAACUGCUCCAAAUCGGUGUUUGUCCCUACGUCAAGUUACAGUCUUCCACCAACAGACUCGUCAAUGCGCACUCCACAGCCGCUCACAGUGAUGGGAUACCGUUCAGAUAUGUUCGCCAAUCAGCAAAAAUAUCUAAGCAAACAGACAAAGGACAGUAGUAGUUCUUCUUUGGAUAAAUCAAAUUGUUCCAGUUCACUGAGCGCGUUGAAACUUUCACCCACUAGACGUACCGCUAUAAGAUGGAAAGCGAAGCCAUCAACAAGCGCGCGAGCUAAUCAGUAUCCCGACCCACUUUACAAUGCAGACUCAAGUUUCAUGCAGAGAAUAUCAGAAAUGGCUUCUCUAGAAGUGGAGACAAUCAGGUGGGAAAAGUCAAAAAAAAGUCGAAGGAAAUGAUGAUGAAUUAUUUUUAAACUGUAAAUAAAUAUCUUGUGUAAAUAUUUUAUUUAUCUGUUUAUUUAUUUGCUUGAUUUUAAUGGGAAUAUUUUUUUAUUUAAAUUAAUAAAUACUUUGUGCCACUUUAAAUGUAUUUUAUUUACCUUCUUAAAGCGUGCUAUCUUAUUCUAAACCGCGUGUACAUAAAAAUUAGUGCUUGUUUACUCAUCAACUUUAGUUGUUCUUUAUUUUCCUAAAACUAUCCUUUAGGUGACUAAAUCUUUCCUAAUUAUGUUACUUCUUUUUAUCAAAAUCUGCGUUCAUCUUCAACAAGAAAUAGUUGUUUUUUAGUGUUCUUAUAAAAUCAAGUUUUAAAUGAACUCAAACUUUGUUUUGUUAAUGUUGCUCAUAGUUUAGUUUUGACCAUAUUUUGGUCCGAACUUUUUAAAAAGUUUUAUAAGUUACUAUUUUGUGUUCUUUGUCGAUUUCAUAGCGCAUUUGGUGGCACUCCCUUGUUGACAUUCAUAUAAGUAAUUUUAAUACUUUCAUAAAACAAACAAACAAACAAAAAAAAUUAUUAAAAAAUUUUUAGUAGUCACAUCAGCAUUAUUCCAAGACCUAAAAAACUAACACUAUCCUUACCACUAUGAAGUGAAAUUAUUUCUGGAGGGCGAUAUCAUCGUGCCUCUGUGAAGUGGACUGUUUAGAAAAAUGAUGGAAUUUUAAUGAAGUCUCAAUUUUAGUUGUGGAACAUAAAGACAGAGUUCUUUUCUUUUUUUGAUUUUUUUAAUAUUAUUGUGGGAGAAAAAUUACCUAGUUUAGAAAUUUAACUUCUUUUAAAUUUAAAUUUUGCUUUUGAUUUUGUUAAGUCUCCUAAUAAAUCCAGAAAGCGGUAAUUAAUAUAAAACAAAAUCUUGUUUUAAAGUGUUUAUAUUUUUUAGCUAAAUCUCAACCUUUUAAUUGAGUAACAAGUAUAUAAUUAUUAGUAUAUAAUUGGAAACUUGUAAACUCCAAAAUUGUCAGCAAUUUACUGAAGUGAAGAAUCAGAAAAUUAAUCUAAAUAAAGUGAUCCGAAAAAAUUUAUAACCACCUAAUGUUCAAUAUGAUUAAUGAUUUAAAAAAAUUUAAAACCUCAUGUUUAAUAUAACACCCCUUCCUCUAUUCUCUUAAGUCGGGCGAGUUCUUGUUUUUAAAUAAAAGCGGCUUAAAUAUUAGCUUUAAGCUUCGAAAAUAAGAAAGGUGUAUUUUCAAGGAAUAAAAUAUUUUUAUUGCAUGGAUUCCAAUUUCAUUUGUUUACUUCAAAACUUCAGGUCCUUUUUUAUUGAAUUUCCGUGCCCGAAGGCGUAGGAAAUUCUUUAAAACCGUGUUUUUUUCUUUUGGAGCAUUUUUUGAGAAAAAAUAGACCCUGGGAUUUCACGUUUCUCUGAUUUUUUGUUACCUAAAGUCAUUUUAGGCCAAAGUUGGUCCAAAAAUUAAAACUACUUUAUUUUCGACAAAAUUUGGCACAGUCAACAAAGAAAGUAUGCUGAACAUGAUGGUGACAUUAAAAUUUUGGUUUUUGGCCACCCUAAAUGUCAUUUUAGGCCAAAAUUGGUCUAAAAAUCAAAACUACUUCAUUUUAAACAAAAAUUGGCAAAGUUAACAAAAAAUGUAUGCUGAACAUGAUGGUGACAUUAAAGUUUUGGUUUUUGGCCACCUUAAAUGUCAUUUUAGGCCAAAAUUGGUCUAAAAAUCAAAACUACUUCAUUUUCAACAAAAAUUGGCAAAGUUAACAAGAAAAGUAUGCUGAACAUGAUGGUGGCAUCAAAAUUUUGAUUUUUUGUCAACUAAAUGCCGUUUAAGACCAUAAACGUUUCAAUCGCAAGACUUUUAACCAUGAAUGAUAGGCUGUAUUUUUUGUUAGCAAUUUCUUUUAUAAUGUGAGUUUAUUAUGACACGUUUCGUUUUGUUUGCGUUUGUUGUAAGAUAUAAUGUCACUUGUGUGCUUUAUCUUCAGAGCUUCAUGCACCAAACCUCUUCGAAUGUUUGGCACGAUAACAUAACGAAUUAGCAGGUUGUCAUCAAAUAUUUUAGUCGCAAGCGGAAAUUCUUAGAGCCCCCAGGGCUUCUUGUUGUUGUUGUUUUUAGAUUGGUGACCUAAAUACUUCAUGUAGUCAUAAUAUCUUGUAUUGGAUAAACAUGUUCUAGAAAUUUUGACAAAAUUAGAAAUUAAUUUGGUGAGAAAAAAAUAUAUUAAA